UUGCAAUUAUAGCGGCCGUCGACAUAUGAACUGGGUCGUUGCAUUGGCGCUUUGCCUGGCUGUCCUCACCUCGCACACGCACGGAUGUGCGCAAGAUGCCGACACAGACUAUUUUGGCAACGACAUUGCUUCCACCACCCGCCCGUCUGCCGGCGACUGCUGCCAAGACUGCAGUGCUCGCGACAACUGCGUUGGCUACGUCUACACGAAUGGCGUGUGCUGGCUCAAGAGCCAACUCACGGCGCGGUCGUUCAAGGCAGGUGCGACGGCAGGCUACAAGGCCAACUCGUGCUCGGCCAUUGAGCAAGACAUCGAUUACCCCGGGUUUGACAUCGCAUCGACAAAGCGCACCGACGCAGCUCAAUGUUGCGACGAUUGCACGGCCAACCCGAGUUGCUCCGUCUUUGUUUGGUCGUCCUACCAAGGCGGGACGUGUUGGCUGAAGAGCCAAAAGGGGGUGCGCGUGGCAGCUGCUGGCGCCCGCGCAGGCUCCCGCACGACCGCGGGUCAGUGCGGGGCGAUCGAGGACAACACAGACUACUGGGGCAACGACGUGGCAUCGACUCAGCGCGCGUCCGCCGAUCUCUGCUGCGACGACUGUGCCGCCAACGCGCAGUGCUCGGUGUUUGUCUGGCUCAGAGGCACGUGCUACCUCAAGAGCCAGAAAGGCGCCAAGUCGACUCUGAACGGGGCGAAGGCGGGGUCAGUCGGGUCGCAGUGCACCCCCCUGGAAGCCAACACGGACUACAAAGGGAACGACCUUGGAACGACCUCCCGCGCCAACGCUGGCGACUGCUGUGCCGACUGCGUGGCGAACCCCAAGUGCAUCGUGGCUGUUUGGUUCCAAGGCACGUGCUACCUCAAGCACACAAAGGGGGCGGCGUCGACAUCGAACGGGGCGUCCGCUGUGACGGUGCGCGGCCGCACGUCGUCGCCGCCCCCGGCCAACAAGCCGCCGCCCCCAAUGCAAAACGUCCAGGCGCAGUUCGCGUACCCCAAGUCGUGGAAGGCAGGCACGUACGACAUGGUCACGAGUUUGCAGGGGUGCCAGAAGCGGUCCGUGUACAGCCAAGGCACGAUCGCGCCGUACCACGAGGAAGUGAGCAUGGUGUUCCGGGGCCCUAUGGACAUUUACGACGUCAGCGUGUUCCAAUUCACGGGCGCCAAGUGGGUGCGGUCCUCCAAGUACAGCGCCGGCACUGGCUACUCGAACAACAUUGCGUUUAUGAACAACGCCAACCCGGACAAGUACAACGGCGGGGCCCCCCAGGGGUACGCCACGGCCGACGGCAUCGGGUUCUCGCGCGACCCCGUGCAGUUUGGGGGGUGGCUCCGGGACGCGUCCAACCCGUCGGACCAGUUCGGGGGCCCGGGCAUCACCACGGGCGCCGAAGUCAACAUCAUGCAGGCAUCCAAAUGUACUGCGGACUCGUGCUUGGGGUACUUUCCCGCGAAUUAUGGGCUCCACGGAUGGGGCGGGAGCAAGAUCUUUGUGACCAAAGUUCGGUUUGGCGCCGGGGGGAUUCCCGCGAUCUGGCUCUUGAACGCCCAAGUGCUGCGGUCCAACCAAUAUGGAUGCAACUGCCGCGGCCGCGCAGACCCCGGCGGGUGCGGGGAGCUGGACGUGGCCGAAGCCAUCUACGCCGGCACCACCACCAUCGCCACCCACAACUACUACCUGAAUGCGAACCCGUCGCCCGGCCAUGACACGUGGACCACCCGGCCGACCAACGCCCCCGCCACCUUCGUCACGAUUCUGGACGAAACAACCGGGUCGCUCAAGAUCCUCAAGUUUGGCGACGGCGACUACAACUACUUUGACACGGACGAGCUCAGUAUUGACAACGUUAACACUCUUGUGGCGUAGGUAGGUGGUAAGUAGUGUAUACUGCUAUAGUAUGUAGAGAGCGCUAAGCCACAAAUACGAACUGUAGCUAUUGUGAAUUCGCUAUGAACAUUCAAA